AUGAAAAGCACAAACAACCGCGCCGGCAGCCACCUGACCGGACAAGUGGAGUUGGAGAGUGUUGGAAAUGGGGCCUGGGUGAACCAGGCGUACAUUGGGACCCCUCCGCCGAUCCCCCGCGUCAUCAGCACCAUCUAUGACUCCCAGCCCGUGUUCCAGGGUUCUAUGGACAGCAUCUACAAACCAGGCAGCCCAAGUCCCUUCCCUGAGCCUCCGGACAGCACCGAACCCAUGGGGAAGAAACAACGGGGCUGCUGCUCUUUUAUCAAAGGUUUGUGGGGAACCACUCUGACUGAGAACACAUCGGGGGACAGAGAGCUGUUUGUCCGCACCACACUGAGAGAGUUAGUGGUCUACCUGGUAUUUCUCGUUGAUAUCUGCCUCUUGACAUAUGGGAUGACCAGUUCCAGUACGUACUAUUACACCAAAGCUAUGACGGACCUGUUCAUCAAUGCAGCAGGAGAAAGUGGAGUGAAGUUUCAGUCUAUUGGCACCAUGGCCGACUUUUGGGAUUAUACUCAGGGUCCAUUACUUGAUGGCCUCUACUGGACCAGGUGGUACAAUAAUCAGUCUAUGGAAACAGGAGACCAGUCCUUCAUCUACUAUGAGAACAUGCUUCUGGGAGUCCCCAGAAUGAGACAAAUCAAGAUGAAGAAUAAUUCCUGCAAAGUGCACCAGGAUUUUCAAGAGGAGAUUUCUGGCUGUUUUGACGUCUACAACGAAAAGAAAGAGGAAGACUUGAACUUUGGUCUUAUUAAUGGCACAGCAUGGACUUACCACACGGAGAAAGAGAUCAAGGGCUCGUCUCACUGGGGGCUGCUGACCACCUAUAGCGGGGCAGGGUACUAUCAGGACCUGGGCCGGACCAAGGAUGAGAGUCAAGUCAUUUUGAAAGAGCUCAUAUCCAACCUGUGGCUCGACCGGGGAACCAGAGUAGUCUUCAUCGACUUCUCAACCUAUAAUGCAAACAUCAACAUGUUCUGUGUCAUCAGGUUGGUAGUUGAAUUCCCAGCCACCGGUGGAGCGAUUCCUUCCUACCAAAUCCGAACCGUCAGACUCAUUCGUUACAUCACCACCUGGGAUUUCUUCAUCCUUGGCUGCGAGAUGGUCUUUUGUUUGUUUAUCCUUUAUUACAUGGUGGAGGAAAUAUUGGAGCUGAGGAUACAUAAAUUCUCCUAUUUCGGAAGUAUCUGGAACAUACUGGACAUUGUUGUCAUACUGCUUGCAGUUGUUGCCAUUGUGUUCAACAUUUUCCGUACAGUCAAAGUGGACAAACUGCUUGGACAUCUUCUUGAAAACCCAGACAUCUAUGCAGAUUUUGAAUUUCUAGCUUUCUGGCAAACACAGUACAACAACAUGAAUGCAGUGAACUUAUUCUUUGCAUGGAUAAAGAUUUUUAAGUACAUUAGCUUUAAUAAGACAAUGACUCAGCUGUCUUCCACAUUGGGCCGGUGUGCAAAAGAUAUUGCUGGAUUUGCCAUCAUGUUCUUUAUUGUCUUCUUUGCUUAUGCACAACUUGGCUAUUUGCUUUUUGGGACAGAAGUGGAGUCUUUCAGCACCUUUGUAAAAUGCAUUUUUACCCAGUUCAGAAUCAUCCUUGGAGACUUUGACUAUGAUGCUAUUGACCGAGCAAAUAGAGUCCUUGGGCCAAUAUACUUUGUGACAUAUGUUUUCUUUGUCUUCUUUGUCCUCCUAAACAUGUUUCUGGCCAUCAUCAAUGACACAUAUUCAGAAGUGAAGGAGGAGCUGUCGUCCCAAACAGAUGAGCUGCAAAUCACUGACAUCAUCAAACAGAGCUAUAUGAAGACAUUUACGAAGCUGAAACUAAAAAAGGAGAAAAUAUCCGAUGUUGAAAAAGCUCUUCGCUCGGGAUCCGGAGAAAUUGAAUUCAAAGACUUCAGAGAGACCCUAAAAGAGAUGGGGCACGCUGAUCACGAGAUUUCGGCAGCCUUUUCACAGUUUGAUCGAGAUGGAAACCAGAUCCUCGAUGAAGAUGAGCAGGAGAGGAUGAAGAAAGAGCUGGAAGAAAAAAGAGAUGCUCUUUCUGCUGAACUAAACAACCUUGGUACAAAAUAUGAGAAGGAUUUACGUGAGAAGGCUCCAGGGACAACCAACGAGCAUAAAAGACUUGGAAGUCAAACAUUUAUUGAGCGAGAACAAUUUCUAAGAUUGUCACGGCAUGUUCUCCAUCUUGAAAGCUCUGUGUCUAACAUCUCCUCCAGACUUGCCUUGAUAAUGGAAAAAAUAGGAUUAGAAGACUUACCUGGAAGCAGUAAUAGCGAUGUCUCAGUCCUGGGGACAAGUGACUUGUCUUUGCUUGGGCGACAGUAG